AUGGGAGACUGCUGCAAAUACAUCGGAUCAUUUUCCAAAGGCACGCCUAAGGGUAUCGAGUCCACGAUCGGCGGCUUGAAGACUUAUAUCGCUUCACCAAGCCACGAGCAAGGCGAUGUAGCUGUGCUGAUGAUUAGUGACAUCUACGGCUGGGAGUUUGUGAACUCGCGUGUACUCGCCGACACAUAUGCCCAAGAAUCGGGUGCGCGUGUUUAUCUCCCCGAUUUCCUGGACGGUGAAUAUGCACCAACGAGCGAAGACGGCAAGAAGAAUUUCGAUCUCGGUGCAUUCAUCGGCCGCCACCACCCACGUCAGCAGAAGGAGAAGGCGGAGCGUGUUGCACGCGAUAUUAAGGCGACGAGCAAGGCGAGAGUGUUGGUUGCAGGUGGUUAUUGCUGGGGCGCACCAGCUGCCCUCUCUCUCUGCCAGAAGGAUGGCGUGGCAGACGCUCUCCUCCUCGCUCACCCUACUCUCACUGAAGAUGAGGACUUCGAAAACCUCACCAAGCCUGCUAUGUUCAUUUGCGCUGAACACGAUCCUAUAUUUACCCCAGAGAAGGAGGACGCUGCGAGAAAGAUCACCGCGAAGAAGGCUAAUGCUAACGGCGACGACAGAGUUUACUCCACUUGGCUCUCUUUCUUAGGAACCGGUCACGGCUUUAGCGUUAGAGGCGAUGAGAACGACCCCUUCACUGCGAGAGCGAUGCGUGAUGCUCAGAAAUUAGCUUGUAGUUUUUUCAAGACGAUCUGA